GAAUCAUCGGCAGGCUUGUUGGGUAGCCCUCCUAUUGGGUCACCAAGUCAUCGAUCAGACGGUGGAGAUACUACCGCCGACUCAAUAAAUUUUGCACACCUCGAAGGCCAGCAGCAUUGGAAUACUACAAUGCAAAACGGUAGCGUUGAAGUGCCGGACGCUGUUCCCAAGCGGGAAUACUAUGCUAGUCUACGCCGUUAUGGUCCUGGCAGUGGGACUGGCACCCUCGGAACUCGCCUCGGAAGUAUUGCCGGCGGCUCGAUGCUAACGGUUGGCGGCGCAGGCGUCCCCGCCACCUCUGUUGCUACUGUUGGUUCACCUUACCCCAGCGCCACUAUGGGACGUUCAGCUGUUGGACGAUCAAACACUUCAGCUCUUAAUUUCAAGCCGUCUGGAAAAGUGGUCGAUUGCGCUGUUAUCAUGCUUGAUGGUAUGCAACAAGUCUUCUGCAUCGACAAAGCCGCCUAUGGACAGCAGCUGUUCGAUGCUGUGUGCACUUAUCUUGAUCUAUUCGAAGUCGACUUUUUUGGUAUCAAAUGCUUUUCUCCUGACAAUUCGAUGGUGAGUAUCCAGUAA